AUGGAGCAGUCUAGACUUGUCAUCAUUUCAAUUGAUAGUCAGGAACAACAGUCAUAUUUUGGCAGCAGCGAUACUACUAUAAACGUUGAGUUAAUUCUAAGCACGGGCCUUCUCCAUUUUUGUCGUACAUCACCCGUGGUGCAGUCAGAACAAGUGGUAUCAGCGGAGUCGAUCUGUAUUGUUGACAGCGAGAUACCUAUUGAGUCCAAUGGGCCAAUGGAUCAAAGAUUUGUUGGUCAAGUGAUGCCAAGAAAUAGGGUUCCCAUUGGAGAUGAUUGA